AUGUGGUUGGAAGGAUUGCGCAACCCGGCCACACUGGAAGAACCGAUGCUUGGCUCUGGCCAACGGGAGCCUUCCCUGCUGACUAGUCACUGGGCAAUUGGACCUUCCUGGGGUCGCUUAGUCUCCUUAACUGUCCUCCUUCGAGAGGGCACCUUGGCUUUUGCUGGUGGAAGAAACAAGGCUCAGGACUUGAGAAGACAUCUGUGUGCUCCAGAUAUCUGUAGGAAACUCCAAAAACUGACAAUAGGGCCUGAUAGCAGUUCUGUGCAGUUAGUGGAGGUGGCCUUCAGGGUGCUCAACACCCGAGAUAUGACAGAAGAAAUGAAAGAUGACCAAGAGAUGCAGAGGCAAGGGUAUCUGGAAAGGAAGUAUGGUACAGUUCGGGAUUUUUAUCAAAGACACAAAACCACUCUUCCGUAGAUCCUUUGGGGCAUCUUUUUAGCAGGUUACCUGACUAUGGUGAUCGCCGCAUGUGCUCUCAACUUUCACCGAGCGCUUCCUCUCUUCAUGAUCACCAUGGCUGCCAUCUUAUUUGUGGUCUGGGAUCACUUUAUGGCCAAAUAUGAUCAUCGAAUCAAAGAGCUCCUGUCUCCUGGCAGAAGGCUUCUGGACAGCCAUUGGUCCUGGCUGAAGUGGGUGAUUUGGAGCUCUCUGAUCCUGGGAGUUGUUUUAUGGCUGAUCUUUGACACUGCCAAAUUGGGCCAACAGCAGCUGGUGUCCUUCAGUGGGCUCAUAGUGUAUGUUAUCCUGCUAUUUCUAUUUUCCAAGCAUCCAAGCAAAGUUCGCUGGAGGCCUGUCUUUGGGGGAAUUGGGUUACAGUUUCUUCUUGGGCUCAUAAUGCUAAGGACUGGCCCUGGACUUAGGGCUUUUCAGUGGUUGGGCAAACAAGUUCAGACCUUCUUGGAGCACACUGACGCUGGUGCUUCCUUUGUCUUUGGUGAGAACUACACAGACCACUACUUGGCAUUUAAGUUCCUGCCAAUGCUGGUUUUCUUCAGCGCCGUCAUGUACAUGCUCUUCUACCUCGGACUGAUGCAGUGGAUCAUUAGAAAGAUUGGAUGGCUCAUGCUGGUUACUGUGGGAUCAUCUCCUGUUGAAUCUGUAGUUGCUGCUGGCAAUAUAUUCUUUGGAGAGAUGGAGUCUCCACUGCUGGUCCGACCGUGUAUACAACAUGCCACCAGGUCUGAGCUCCAUGCAAUCAUGACUGCUGGGUUCGCUACCAUCGCUGGAGAUGUCUUAGACCCAUACAUUUCUUUUGGGAUUUCACCUGCCCACUUAUUAACUGCCUCAGUUAUGUCAGCGCCCGCAUCAUUGGCUGUGGCUAAACUCUUUUGGCCUGAGACAGAAACACCUAAAGUAACCCUCAAGAAUGCCAUGAAAAUGGAAAUGGGUGAUUCGAGGAAUCUCCUAGAAGCAGCAUCACAGGGAGCAUCUGCAUCCAUCUCCGUGGUAGCUCACAUUGCUGUGAAUCUGAUUGCCUUCCUGGCCCUGUUGUCUUUUGUGAACGCAGCCCUGUCCUGGCUUGGAAGCAUGUUUGACUACCCACAGCUGAGUUUCGAGAUAAUAUGCUCCUACAUCUUUAUGCCGUUUUCCUUCAUGAUGGGAGUGGACUGGCAAGACAGCUUUAUGGUUGCCAAACUCAUAGGUUAUAAGACAUUCUUCGAUGAAUUUGUGGCCUAUGAGCGCCUCUCAGAAUUGGUGGAUUUAAGGAAACAGGCUGGACCCAAAUUUGUGGAUGGUGUGCAGCAAUAUAUGUCGAUUCGUUCUGAGACAAUUGCCACUUAUGCUCUCUGUGGCUUUAGCAGCAUCAGUUCCCUAGGAUUAGUGAUCAGAACUCUCACAUCCAUAGCUCCUUCCAGGAAGCGUGACAUCGCCUCAGGGGCAGUGAGAGCUCUGAUCGCAGGGAACAUCGCCUGCUUCAUGACUGCCUGCAUCGCAGGCAUCCUCUCCAGCACUCCUGUAGACAUCACCUGCCAUCACAUUUUAGAGAACGCCUUCGCCUCUGGCUUAUCUCAAAACACAACCGAUGUGGUGUCGUGUUGCCAGAGCCUAUUGAGCAGCACUGUUGCCAAGGGUCCCGGGGAGAUCAUCGCAGGAGGGUACCACAGCAUGUCUUCUUUGAAGAACUGCUGCGAAUUGUUGAAGCCAUCAACCCUGAGCUGCACUUGGAUCCCUGAUGAACUCUGAGUUCAGCCACUUCUCCAACAGAACUCUAAGUGCAGAUACUGAACUUUCUGUUUUGGGGACGAAAAAAUGUCUUUUCUCCACAGAUUGGUACUUCCGUCAUGGAGUCAGCUUUAACUGGAAAGAAGGAACACGGGAGUGAACACUUCAGGUCUAGAGCACCUUCCUCCCCUCCUCAGCCCCGUCCCCACUGAGAACUACUAUAGUGUCCCAAAGUGAGGUGUUGUCUUGAGUCCCCAAAAUGUCUUCUGACCUUAGAAUUUCAGGACAUUUAACAAUAAUGCAGGUAUAGUUCAGAGCUCACAACAACUACGCUGUGACUUGGCAUACUCAUUAGUGCGAAUCUUUAAGUAAUCCAGAGUGACCUGCUUUAAAAACAUCUCAGGUGAGGUCUCUCUGCAUUCAUCCUGGCUGAGCUGAAUUAGCCUAAACAUGAAUCUCAGGUGGAACAGGACCAGUCACAUAUCACCCACUCAUCACCUGUCCUGAGGAAGUCCUGCAGAAAUCAGGAGUCCUUCAGGAGAGCACCUAGACCGUUCCAAAGCUAGGUUUUAAAUCUCGUGUGCUUUGAGUUAUAUCAGUCAGCUUAAGCUGAACUGUGCUGCAAUAACAAAUAAUUCACAAACCUUGAUGUCUUACAAGUUUAUUUUUCAGUAAUAUUAUGUGUUUAUUGAGGGCCAGUUUUGGCCGUACUCCAUGUUGUCUGCAUUUCCAGGACCCAGGCUAAAGGAGCAGCCCCUAUGUGGGGAAUAUUGGUCUUAUGGGAGAGGGAAAAGAAAGAUGAGGACCACAUUAUGGCUCUUAAAACUUCUGCUAGGAUGUGACACCCUUCACUCCCAGUACCUUCCAUUAUCCAAAGCUAAUCAUGUGAGAAGCAUGAGUCAAUAGCCAUAGAUGUUUUAUCCUGUCUUAGGGAGGGAUAGCCAGUAUUUUGAAGAAAUAAUAUCAUAUACCACGUGGGUACAUAAUAUCCAUGUCUACCUUACAGAAGUCAACCUGUUAUGAAGCAUAACAGGUUGCUCUGUUGAGUAAGCCUAUUCAUGUGCAAUUUUGGUUAUGUUCUUAGUGACAAGACUGGAAAAUGAUGCUACUCUUUAGUCAAAGAGCCAUAUAAGGACCAUUUGAAGAAGAAAACUUUCCAUUGAUACUUCCAGAAGAGUAUUAGCAUCAACUUGCUUAAUGGGUAUCAAACAAGAGCCUGAAUGGGUUCUGAGACUUAAUGUGUCUCAGAAGAAAAUUCUAGAAACAGUUUUGGGGUGCUCUUUUAUGAAAUGCUCAUCAUCAAUGCCCUUAAAACAGAAAAAACACAUUUUGUGAGAAAACACAAACAGUAAUGAUUGGAAUAAAAGAUGAUUCACACAAAACAAACAUGUGAAAAAGGUUUUGGAAUCUCUUAAGUACUUUAUAUAUUUUCCCUUCAUGCACAACAGUAAUUUUUUUAAAUCCAUGUGUAAAUAGUUGAUCUUUGUUUUGUGAUGGUGGUGGUCAUAGUGAAGGAGGGAGCUAAGGCCCAAAGAUUUAGCUAAAUCUCUGAAGUACAGUA